AUGGCGACAGAUGUAGUGAUUGACACUACUAUGGGCUCCAUCACUGUCGAGCUUUACAAUGAUCAUGCGCCCAAGACAUGCAAAAACUUCUCGACUCUCGCACAACGAGGCUAUUACAAUAACGUUAUCUUCCACCGCAUCAUCCCUAAUUUUAUGGUCCAAACUGGCGAUCCAACCGGGACAGGCCGCGGCGGCAGUUCCAUAUACGGCGAGAAAUUCGAAGACGAGAUCCACCCUUCCUUGAAGCAUACAGGUGCAGGUAUUCUGAGUAUGGCGAACAGCGGGCCGAAUACCAACGGAAGUCAGUUUUUUAUCACCCUGGCACCUACGCCCUGGCUCGAUGGGAAACAUACAAUCUUUGGCAGGGUCAAGAGCGGGAUAAGGGUAUUACAGCGGAUGGGGCUUGUGAAGACCGAUACAGAUGACAGGCCAGUGGAUCAGGUCAAGAUUCUGAGGGCGAGAGUAGUCGAGGAAGGGAGUGAAGAAUGA